AAUUAAUCAGACGGUGGUUCCAUACAAUGAAAAAAAUCGAGAUUGGAACCAAAAUUAUGUACCCGAAAGUGAAAGCUGACAAUGAAGCUGGUAGUUACAAGUAUAAGGGUUCUUGUCUGAGCUCGAACUAUCUCCAAACUCGUGUCUCUGAGAAUAAUCAAGACGAUGAUUUUCAAAUAUAUGUGGCUAAGAUUCCAAAGAUUUACAUACCAAGUGUCCUCAUGUCUGAAAGUGAAUCCAAAGAAAUGAAUAAGCGUAUUAGAGGAGCUGACAUUGAAGUAAAACCAACAACCAAAGCCAGUCCGAUCUUACGCCCACGCGCUGUUGUUUCAAGUCCCGAUAAUGAUGCAAUGAUCGGCAAUAUCAACAUGAUCGAAGAAAGGAAAGCUAAGAAGGGUUUAAAGAGAGAUGAUCAUAUCAGGAGCAGAGCUUCUCAGCCUAAGAAUAUUGAUACUAAUGUGAAGAUUUCUCAUCUUGACAUUGUAAAUGCGAACAUGGCUUCAUCAAAGGCGAAGAAAGGACUUGGCGAUAUGGUUCGCCACGCAAUGAGACACCACAACAAAUCUUUAGACGGAAGUCACGAAACUGUAUCAUUGAGUUCAGUACUCGAGUUUGGACAAGGUAAAUCUAGUGCUAGUGGUAGUAAUCCUCUUCGAGAAAGAAAUGAAGAUGAAGGUUCUUCGAAUAACGCAUCUGAAAAGUCAGAUUUCUUUCAUAAAGAGUUUCUUUUCUCGUCAAGGUUAAAACAGGAGCCACGUUAUAGGAAACAAACAGGUUAUUACAAGGAAAAACAUUCAAAGAUUAUGAAGAAGAUGGAGGAAGGCUUUGCUCGGAAGGUUGGCAUCGAGAAUCUGUUUUCUGUGUGUGCUAAAAUGGGAAAAGAAGUUGGUGUAAAUGAAUACAAUGGUAUGAUUAAAGUUUGCAUACAUCACGCGAGGAUAAGCGACGAUGUAGAAGCUGCUCUUGAUCACAUUAGGAAGGCUAUUGAAUAUCUCAAAGAGAUAAACAAAUGUGGAUCCAUUAUAGGAAAAGGAACUUAUGUGCCUCUUCUUAAGUUCUUAGUUGAUAUGGGAAUGGUAGAAGAAUUCCAAAUUUCCAAGGAUGUUAUUCUAGAGUUAAAUUCUGAUGCUCUUGGGCAAGUUGGUUACUAUGAAAUGCUUCUUUGGAUCCAAGUCGGCGACGAAGUAAGUAUCGAUGAACUUUGCAGGACGAUUGGAGAUAGGGAGAAUAGUUUAUCAGUCCUACAAGAAUAUUAUAUGAUUGCACUGUGUGAGAAAGAUAGAAAGGAAAAUCUUCAGAGGCUGUUAGAGAUUGUCGACAUUACGAAAGUUUCUUCACCACGCCUAUUGACAAACAUAUUUGGAUACCUUGGAAGGUCACUAUUGGAGUCUAUGGCAAUGAAGUUCCUUAGGGAACUACAAAUGUGUGGUAAAGAUGCAGUGAAGACAGUUUCAAAUCUUAUAUUUAGCUAUGCAACCUCUAUCCCAAAUUCAACGGAUGCUGUUUUGAAGUUCAACAAGUUGCAUGAAGAACUAGAGAUCAUGCCUUCAUCUACAUCUUUUGAUAAGCUUAUUACUUAUCUUUAUGACUCAAAUGAGGUGGCCACUGCUCUGAUGUAGCUGACAAUAUGCAUAAAGCAGGUCAUGCAUC